CCCGCUGUUCGCAUCCACGUGCCUGGCAUGCUCAGGCUAUGCGGUGCAAGUAUAGCUGCGAGCCUCGUGUCUGCCACUGCUCCGCGCUAACAGCUCAUUUCCUGGCCUGACUGAUCUACUCUCGCUGAGUUGCCGAUCAACCCGCCGGCACUAGGCCGAAUCUUCUCAGCAUCGGCGAUCGCUGCCACCACCAUCACCUCCAGGACUACCACCACCAGCAGCAUCAGCAGCAGGAGCACGAACACACAGGUAGUGCUCGGAGGACCCAGGCAGAGUCCUGACCUGCACUGUAUCACGAUAUCUCACUCCCUUAUAAGCCACGGUUGGCCCAACACCACUCAAUCCAGAAGAGACUCGUUCAAGGCCAGACGUAGUCUAUUUCACCAGGUGGCAGCAGUCGUAAUUCAUUUGCUUUCGAGAUCAGCUUGUGAACGAUUAGUAUUGUUUCACCUCAGCUAAUCUAAAGACUCAGUGAGGGCAUAAAGGUGUUACGGACAAGGAGCAACAUUCAGUUCUCGUGUCGACUGCACCCCGGUUAACUUCACACCGUCACAGCAUUGCAACCCUUAGGGUCACCUUGUUUCCUACGUAGCGGGGUCAAGAAGCCCGAGGCCCGAGGAAGAAAACACCACAACACAAUACAAACAGAGAGAAAGCCUGUGCUGCUCCAGUCUCUGUUACCAAAUUUCUCUUGACAGUAUUGUUCGCCUGUUAUCAGCUCUCCAACUAUGGCCAGUACAUCGCAGACAUCGUCCGCAUUCUUCCCCGCGAGGAAUGCUCUUUGGACUGUCGCCCUUCUACUCAUCGCGUCAUGUUUGUGUCGGUUCAGCGACGCGUCAGCAUUGCCACCAGGCGGACAAGUUCAAGAUGUGAUACUGGCAGUCAUCGUCAAGCCAAUAACGCCCCAAGGUAACCUGUAUUCGGUGCGUGCAGGGCGACCGAACGUACUCGAGUUGCGCAGCAGUUUCGACUUGGACUGCCACAUGAAGUCAGCACGGCAGCAUGACGGCUCCGGUGUAACGUGGUUGAAGAACGGAAAGGUCUUUACCGACACCAAGUACAGCCAGAAUAUCGGCUGGUUGUCGUCCAGCGACGGGUAUUUCGAGGACUAUCAGCUUCGCUUCUUCAACUUCAGCAUCGCCGAUGCUGGUCAGUACAAGUGCGUCACGCCGCUGGGAAACGUCACGGCUGACCUUAUUGUAAAGCCUAAGAUCACGCUGAUGCCGUUCUGGAAGGUGGUGAAUGCCGGUCAACAGCUGACAAUGAGCUGCGAGUCGCAAGGUUACCCUGAGCCACAGGCGGUCUGGGUUUUACCCAAUGGAAAAACACGGCGACACGCCAGGAUAAGCUUGAACGCCACGUUCCCACGUCAUAACGGCACAUUCACAUGCCGAGCAAGGAACAGCGCCGGUGUGACGGAGCAGAAUGUCAGCGUUUUCAUACGAGAUGCCCUGCAUUUCCUUACAGACCCAGCCACGGACAUCAUCACAGCCGGACUGGAGAACGUACAGCUCAACUGUACGGCCGACGGCAACCCAGCGCCGUCUUACCGCUGGCUGAUCAAGUACCCUGGGUCCGAGCGCUAUGCUCUUCUGCCCGGCAUGAACAAGUCCUCGCUGGUGGUGUCGGCCUCGCAGCUCGGUCACUACCGUUGCGAGGUGCACAGCAAGUACUCGUUCCAGGCCGACGGUGAUGCGCAGCCGCCAAUCUCGCGCGAGUUCCGCCUUGCGCGGACCUUCGACGACGUGGAUCCAGGUCAGCCGGAUGCUACAGACUGUCUGACGGCAUACUGCUCAUCGGCCUCUUCGACGUACAGCACUACAGGCUUGCUCCUCACUGCUCUUCUCCUGGCCAAGUCGUUGCUAUAAUCCCCCUCUCAGACCGACUACCGUUACGCAUUAUAACUUAUUUCAAGUGGGCAGCAGCCUGACGGCCAUUGACGAGGAUCGUACAAUAUACAAAGACCUUGAGCAUGCUACUUACUGACUGCGCUGUCGCGAUGCAUUUCAUUUGUUUUGUCUUCUGGUUAACACAAUGUAAGAUAAUAUUUGUACAGCACACACAAAUUAUCUUCAAUUCUUUUUGCCAUGAUAUAUAAAAAGCAUAAUGGGGAUCUUAAUUAAAAACCCUUUCUGACAUUAUGUUAACCUCGCUUAUAGUUUGCUGUACAAUACUCUUUUUACAAUCAAUAUUUUUUGAUCAAUAUUGACAACAGUCAUCACAUUUA